GAGCUUUCCAGCUGGCGUACGACUUUAAAGACCCUUUAAAGACCUCACUUGCAGGUUCGUUGCGGGAAGGAUUAUUUAACAGAGGAGAAGGCAAAAGUUUUUGCAUUUUUACCAUAACAACAUUGUCUGAAUUUGAAGACAUUACUAAGUGAUAUCCCACAAUGCCGCUGAACGAUGAGCGGCCGACCUCCACGUCCACCACAGCCAGCGAGGACCACCACAGUGACACCGAGCUGUCGGACCGGUGCGACAGCGUGACGUCGGCCAGUGACUUUGAGUUCUCCCGUCAGAGUUUCACCAGCGACUCCAGCAAGCACAGCUCACCCUCCUCUAGCCCUCCAAAAACAAUAACACUGGAUGAGGUCAUGACCUCGGCUCGGGACCUGUCCAACUUAAAGUUGGCUCACGAGAUCAUCGUGAACCGCAACUUCCGCGUGGAGCCAUCGGAAGUACCUGAAAACAGUUUGCAGAAGAGAGUAAAGGAGAUCGUCCACAAAGCAUUCUGGGAUUGCUUGGAGUCCGACCUCAACGAGGACCAACCUGAGUAUAAACACGCCAUCAAACUUGUGGAGGAGAUCAGAGGGAUCCUUCUCUCCUUCUUGAACCCUGGAUCCAACCGCAUGCGCACACAGAUCAUGGAGGUCCUGGACAUGGACCUGAUCCGGCAGCAGGCGGACAACAACGCGGUGGACAUCCAGGGCCUGGCCACCUACAUCAUCAACACCAUGGGCAAAAUGUGUGCGCCGGUCCGCGACGAGGAGGUCAAGAAGCUGAGGGAGAACCCCGGUGACAUCGUAUCUCUCUUCAAGGAGAUUUUUCGUGUUCUGGAUCUCAUGAUGAUGGACUUUGUGAACACCACCAUUCAGAUGAUCAGGCCGGAACUCCAGAAACAUUCUGUGGAGUAUGAGAGGGAAAAGUUCCAGAACAUUCUGCAGACCACACCAAAUGCCCUGGACCACACCACAGACUGGAUCAAAGCCUCUCUGGAGGAGGUUCUUUUGGCCAUGCCCACAGCCAAAAAGACCGGUGACCGAUCUGUGAAGGCGCUGCCAGGCCCGGCUCUGGUCAUGAACACAGCCUUUGUGCGUCUCCUCAUGGGGAACCACAAGGGUCCACUGCCUGAGACCCUGAUGACGGACGAGGCAAGGCUGGUGGAGAUGCAGCGGCGGGCCCAACUUCUCCAGGCCGUGACUGAAGUCCUGCUCAUCGUCUACAGCGCCAUCGGGGAGGCCAUCUCGGGUCUGCCUGCCCUCGCUGAGAGGCUCAAGAGGAUGACCAGCGUCCUGCUGGAGGGAAUGCACAGCCCAAGUUUCAACCUCAUCGAAGCCCUGGAGAACGCCAGCGUGCAGAUCUGCUGCGAGCUCAACAAGUCGCUCACCGAGCGCAACUACCCCGCUCUUCCGCCCCCCCUGCAACACACUCUCAAAGGGCAAAUAUGCAGCAUCACCCAGGAGAACAACCCCAUACGGGCUCUCGUGGAGGGAAGGUUCCAGCAGUAUAUCCGUGUUAUGCUGUCCAUACCAAAUUCUCACGCCCACCCCCCUCCCGCACCGAACGGCCUGGGGCUUAUCCAGCCCGAGCUGGCCGCGCUGGGGGUCAGCUACGUGGGCAUGGUCAACUUCAACAAGCAGGUGUACAUCCCUUACUACAUGGGAAUCAUCAAGAGCCUGCUCUUCGGGAUGCCAGCACCGGGCGGGAGUCCGGGGGGCAGCAGCAGCACAGCCCCCGAGGAGUCGCCAGCGUCACCCGCCACCAACCCUGUGGCAUCUAAAUAAACAUGGAAUGCAAUGGGAAUAGGUCCUAUUGAAGUAUGAGCAGAGUUUUUGUACGACCUAUGUGGAAGACAUAGGAAAAGGAAAAAUAUGUUAUGGCACCUUUUUGGUAUUCAGUUAGCCCCCCAUGAGUCGGAACUGUGCUAUCCUCUUAAGUUGGCUACACACAAGGGAAGUUCUUGUGUGUCUGUGUGUGAAGUGUUGUAAGGGGGAUUUAUAUAUUGAGCUCAUGAGGAGGAAGAUAAUAUAAAGGCUUAAAAGAGAAGUGUACAUAAAGAAACAGGACUGACAUCUCCACUGUAGUAGUAAAAGUAAAAUGUAUUUUGUGUCUUUACCUGAAAACAAUGUUAUCUCCAUUAACUGAGCUUUACCAGGAUAUAGUUAAGCCUACAUUUUAUGCCAGCUCUGCGCUUUAAGAUGCAAUACAAGGUAUGUUAAAUAUUAACUAAAUGCCAAGACCGUGGUGGGUUUUAUUCACGUUAAAAAAAAAAAAAUAAGAAGCAUAUCGCUGUUAUUACAGAGACCAUCUAUUGUCAUUUUAUAAAGGGAAAGCAUAUUUAUGUGAAUAAUAAUGCCCAUUUUAUACAUUUAUAGGCGCAUUUCAUCAUCUAUCCCUGCAUUUUAACGACAGAACACUCAUUCAGUAUCUUGAUUGCAGCCUAUGGAGCCAAGUGCCACCUUUUUGUAAUGGAUGCUACUUUGAGUACUGAACUGAAACUUGAAAAGGUUGUGGCUAAUAUUUUGUACCUGAGUUUAAUGGAUGAACUUCAUGUAAUGUCACUUGAAGCUUGCCAGAGGAAAUGGUAACAGAGAUCUGGCUUCGGACCAUGCACGUUUUCAGUGCCAGACUUCCAUCCCUCUUAUGAUCGCUCGCCAGCUAGAUAUUUGUUUUGUAUGACUGCAUGCGAGUUUAAUGUCACUUUGAUAGGUCUAUAUGUAACUGGUAUAUACCCUUUAGUUGCUUGGUUUUCAGAAUGUCUGUGUGAUGUAUAGUUUCCUUUCUGUCGUAGUAGAUGUAAUUACAGUUUAUGGUGUGGCAGUACUACUGGUUGUAUUUUUUAAAGCAUUUAUGUAUAGCCUACGGCUAACUUAACAAAGCCCAACCUUCUGCUCGGACGGUCAUGUAUCUAACGACAUUUAGCCUACAUCCCGGAAAAAAAAUGCGGCUACACCAAGAACAAACCGAACAUGUAUUUUUUUGAAAUUAUACUGUGUUUAUAUUAUACAAAAUGGAUAUAUGUUGUACAAUGUCAACUGCAAUAAAACAAACUUAAUUUCAUCUCAA